AUGGUGCACGUAUACAACUGCCAUCCAUAUGCCUCACAGCAGAUAGUACAGGUGGAACAGGAGCCCGGGUUGGUCUGCUGUGGAGGUGGUGCCUUGUUUGUGGUCACCAUUGGAGGAUGCAAGGUGGAAGCAUACAAUCUGGAUCAGGAAGGCUGCCCACUUAUCUGCCGCUUUGCGACCAUGGGCAAUGUGAGGAGCAUCCUGCACAGCAACAUUGGAGACUAUCUGGUCACAAUUGAAGAAAAGAACAGCGCCACCUACCUGAGAGCCUACACCAACUGGCGUUACCAGCUGCACAAUAAUGCACAAUUCAACAAGGAAAAUGGCAGCUAUUGGUGGCACCGGUCCAGCGGUGAAACCGAAUGCUGCUCAAUAAGCUCGCAGGCUAAUAGCAAGCUUACAGAGGAGGGCAUCACCGAGCCCGCACCGCUGAGGAAAAGGCGUGUUGGAGUACGCUUGUUGGGUCACCUACUUCGAGGAGCAUCUCAACGGGGUGGAGUACAAAUGGAGAUCAUUGAGAUUCCCCUGUCAGAGCGUCCUGUUGCUGUUGCGUGUUGUCCAGUUAGGGACCUCCUGGUUGGCUGUGACAAAACCUUGGUUCUGUUUACUUUGAGAAGACAGAACCAUCCAAACAUGAGCCAACAUAACAUACAAGCACCUUCAAACACUCAGCAGAGUUCCAGUCAGAAUCCAGGUAACACUCAAAUAUAUAAACACAAUCAGACCUCAAACCACAACUUUCUUGACUUUGAACGCUCUGUCAUCCUGCAUCUUCCUGCAACUAAACCUGUACAGGUGGCACUCUGUGCAGGAUAUGUUGCUGUGCAAACAGACCUGGAGGUGCUGGUCCUUAAACUGGAAGCUAAUUAUAAGCAAAAUGAACUGGAGCUGGAAGAGUCAUCGGAGGAACCAAAAGAUGAUGUUACUGAAGACCAGGCUGAUUUCCUAAUUCUUCCAAGACACCAGGAAUUGCUCGGAGAGCGAGCUAAAGACUGUGACAUACCUGUCAGCAUCGAGAAAGCGGGGCUUGAGGAGAGAGGGCAAAAUACUUUCUCCUAUGUUUUGUUCAGGCGUUUUACUCCAGAUUACUUACAGGGUUGCAGUGUGGAGGAGACGCACCUUCACUCCCUCAAACUCCAACCAUUAUUUACAAGCUGCCAGUCACCGGUCGAAGAACCAACUUGUGUGUUCUGCUUCUUUUCUCUUCCCACCACUGGCUACCUGUACAGCCUCAAAGGCGGAGUUGAGCUUAUCUCAAUUUAUCAAUAUCCAGAGAAGGUCUUGGAAGCGGUGCUGACAGACCACUUGCUACAUGUCAUUACACAGAAUGCUCUGCAAUGCUUCACGGUUCGUUGUGCAGCGGUUGCAGCCAGGUUUGAGGACCCCUACAUCGAUACCACAAUGAGGGCUUGUCCGCCCAGCAGCCUUGAGGUGUGUGCCCUUAGGAUGCAGUUGUUUAUUGGCCUUCGCUCAUUGUGCGUGUGCGGCUGUCACGUCAUCCUGUUGUCUACCGCUGACACUGAGACCCCUGAGGAGACUGAACGCAACGCACAACGCCGAGGCCUCAUGUUGAAAGAACACACCAUGCUGACUGGUAUUUUCCUUGCGGUGGGAAUUGAUCCCACCACCACACCAGCUCUGGAGAGCCUUCUAUCACGUCCCUUACUAAGCAGGAAGUGGACAAUGUCUUCUCCCAAGGAGACCAGCGCUGUGGGACAUGGAUGGAACCUCUACGUGGUUGAUACUGUUCCUUUGCUAACGCUCUACCAAGAGAUGGUUGAAUACAGCCAACAGUAUGCACAAAACAACCAGCAGGCCCAGAGUCUUUGGCACCUCCUCAGUGAGGCUCACCUCCUCCUCCGCGCAGCCUUGCUACGUCCUUCACAAGUGCAGCACUGCCGGAGCAAUGGCGGCGCCGCAGACGUUCGUUCUGAGGGACAGGUCGCUAUUCAGACAGACAGACUAAAGAUGGAGGAAGCAUUCCGGGAAAAUUGUGCUCAACUGGGGGACUGUUUCAGCAAGGGGAACCAGAGACAUUGUCAUCAGGCUUUGCCUUACUACAGAAUGUCUGGCCUGGCAGUCACUGAAGUCAUGGCCAGGAAUCGCCCCCUUUCAAGAACCUCACACACUUAUGGCCCUGGCUUUUUGUUUUACCUGAAGCAUUACCUUCUAGAAGAGACUGAUCAGCAUCUCAGUCAGGAAGCAGCGGAUGAGGUCAUAGACAUUUUAAGCCAAUCGGAGCCCUCCCAACUUAUCAGCGUGUGUGCCAGCCCAACCAUGAAAAAUGUCAAUCCUACCCGGACACUCAGAAUCUUGCAACAUCUGGAGGACAGUGCCGGUGUGUCUGUUGCAAUGACAAUCACCAUGGCAACCCUGCUGCUGCGCUUGGAUGAUCUGCCACAGUACACACAGCUGAUGGAAAGACAUGCUGAGAUGGUAUUCGUUUAUGGCUUCAUUGAGGAGCCAAGGCUCUUGCUGCAUGGUGGAGGUGGAGGCCAGCACACAAACAUCUGUCCCACAGCAUUAACCCGACAAAUGGCCAAGUCCCAGCCUGGCCUUUUGGUGGCUGCCAUGGUUGGUCUCCAUGAGAACAACAAAGUUCAGCUUGAGCAAGUAGACCACAUGUUUCAGGUGCUGGGUUGUGAAAACAGUUUACAAGUAGAUUUCUGGGAAGCAAUGCUAAUGGCCUCAUCGCAGGAAGCGGUCAUUCAAGAGCUUCUUUUCAGAUUGUCUUCUGUCUAUAUUGACCGUCUAAUGCACACCAGCACAGACAAACAUGUGCCUGCACCUCCAGCACGCAAGUCACUAAAGAGUGCUGACGAUCUGAUCAAUUCCUGCUCCCAUUAUGGUGCUCUAUAUCCGUGGCUGACUGUUCUCUGCCCGCCUUACAGUACCGGCUUCCAACACCAGGAGGCUUUACACAAAAUGCAGUCUCUCCUUUGUGGACCAUCCCUUUCUGUGGGUUCAGUCACGCCAUUGUUGGAAAGUUUGUCAGACAAAACAUUAUGGGGCUUCAGCCUGCACCUUCUCUGUGCUACCAGAAAGGGCCAGUACGAUACCAGCAUUGAAGAGCUUCUGGACCAAUGCCCGCAGGCUAUUAUAGCCUAUGCCAAUCAUCACUUGCAAGAUGAAUACAUGGAUUUGUGGUGGCAGAAGCUGCUCCCAGAACUCUGCAAUCGCACAAGAUCUGCAUCAGACAAUAGCAUUCUUUUGGCUGCUCUCAAAGAGACUCUGGUCGUUGUUGCCAUGGAGACAAGUCCUACACAAUUCCUCGAGCUGAUACCCGAUGAUGGCACAGCUUCUUACUUCUUACCUCACUUGCUGACCUGCAGCCAGAAACACUUACUGGCUUAA